CUUUUGUCGGUUAUCACAAAAGAAGAAAUAACAUUAAAAAUUAAUUUAAGUUAACAUUUUGAGAAUAACUACAAAUUUCAUUCAACAAAUGGAUUCGAACUUGCGUAACCUGAAAGAUUUUCUUACAUUAUACAACAAAGUCACUGAAUUGUGCUUCAAUCGCUGCGUCGAUAAUCUCAGCCAACGUGAACUGUUCGAUCAGGAGAGCACUUGUGUAGAUCGAUGUGUGACAAAGUUUGCACGCUUUAAUCAAAAUAUGAUGAAGUCCUAUGUGGAUGUGCAGACGAAAAUUAAUGCCAAGCGGAUGGAAGAAAUGGAGCAACAGAACGCCAAACAAUUGGAGCAACAGCAACAGGAGGAACGCAUCAAAGCGCAGCUUAAGGAAAAAGAAGCCGCUGUCACUGUACUAACGCCAGCUGCAUCGACGGCUAAAUUGGCCAUGUAGCAGCAGCAGCACCAUGUGGAU